UAAUAAAAGGUGGUUGGGUAACGGGUAAAAGCCCAAAGGCCCAAAGCAAACUAGAUUAAUACUAAGAGGGAAAGCACAAACCUCUCAAUUUCUCCGACCUAAAAUGAAGAACAGAGGAUGCCGAACCUCUCAAUUCCUCCCUAACAAGAAGCAUGAGAAAAGAAGCAAGACGAAGAAAAAAGAAAACUUGGGAAGGAAACAGAAAGAUAAGGGUGAGUUCAGCUCUGGGGAUCGAAAUGGUGGGGUCGGCUAUGUGGAUAGAAUCAGUGACUUGCCGGAUGGCAUUCUUGUUAGUAUCUUGUCUUGCUUGCUUUUCAAUGAAGCAGCAGCUACUAGUGUCCUUUCAAGGCGGUGGCGGGAUCUGUGGGCAUCUACUAUGAAUCUCAACUUUGAAGAUGAGAAAAAUUCGAGGGAUUUCAUGGAAGUGAAGCCAAAUAUACAACACAGGAAGCGCCGUAGUUUUGUCAGUUUGGUGGAUCGCGCGGUGCAACAGCAUAUGGGUCCAUUGAUUGAACGGUUCAGGGCUUGCUUUUUUCUAGAUCGUCGCUUUGCACGAUCCAUUGAUGGAUGGAUUGAGUUUGCAAUAAAAAAGAGGGUUCAAAUACUUGAGCUGGAGUUUUCAGCAGCUAAUGUUAAGGAUAACUAUAUAUUUCCCCAUGAACUACUAGGUCUUGAAACAGGGUCUACUCGAAAGGACUUACAUUCUAGCAUCCCAAGUCGACACUUUUCUGAAUGCAGUAUGGGUUUCAAGUCACUAAAAAUUCUUAAUUUGCGACAUGUUAAUGUGGAUGGAGAAGUUCUUGAGUACUUAUUAAUGAACUGUCCAGUCGAAAGAAUAUCAGUGGUGGCAGCCAAAAAUCUGGUUGAUUUAAGAGUUGUUAGUCCAUCCAUUGGAUGGAAGUAUUUGGCAAUAGAAAAUUGUCCUGACCUCAAAACCAUUGAGAUCUGUAACGCAGACAUUGUUUCAUUUACUUACAUUGGAGUUGCUAUAAACCUGCUUCUGAGUAAUGUACCUUUGCUUGCUGAGGUAUCCAUUACUGAGCUCGAGAUUGAGAGCAACAACUUUUUCGAUUCUAUAACUAUAUCCGUAGAGCUUCCCUUCACCCAACUCUCAUGCUAUCUUUCUCAGCUGAAGUAUCUCACCAUGGAUAUCAGUGAAGCGGUCUACAAUCAGGAUUAUGUGUUUCCUAUAUUAGCAAAUCUCAAGUAUUUGGAAUUAAUAUGUGAACCACAUUAUGCGUCCUCUCUUCGUUAUUUGACUUCUUUCAUGAAGGCAUCUCCUUACUUGCAGAGACUUGUGUUGAAGAUGAAUAUCAUCACAUCGUGGUUGGAGGAGAUGGGAAUAGGAAAAACAGACAUGGAGGAGAUUGUGACAACAGAGCAAAUGGAGACUCUUGCCAAAUGCCCUCAUCAUGAGCUCAGAGUAAUAGAAAUAGUUGGGUAUCGUGCUCGUAGAUUUGCUGCUAAACAUGUCAUGCUUUUAUUAAAGAAUGCUGUUGCACUGGAGAAAUUUGUUAUUGAUCCUGUCCGGUAUCGGUCUCGUGGGCCGAGUAUGGUGAAGGAAGAUAUUGAUGAGGAAAUGAAGGCGAGAAAUCAUGCUAUGAAACACCUUAAGAAAAUUGUUCCUUCAACUGUAAACUUUGUAUGCCUGUAGUAAUUAAGUGUAUUGUCUAAAUGGUGUUUGUAUUCCAAACAUUAUGGUUUGUGCAAACAAGCUCGAGUUGAGAAUAUAUGGUCUUUCAUUAGAAAAUAAAAUGGAUCUAUUCUCUGUCU